CAGAUAACCAGGAUCUAUGAUAGAGGUAUAUUACAAUUGAAGAACAUGGAAGGCUUCUUACUGCAGGUGGAUUAUGAUAAAUUAGUAAAUGAGUAUGAAAUCAACCAUUUGAUAUAUCAUCGAAACCAUAAUCAACAUCGGUUAUCAACGUGGUGGAAGAUAUUCAACAUAAUACACCGAAGUUUACGGAAAAUCUUGAAGAAGAUGAUCGACAUACAAAACUUGAAGAGUACCAGAACACUUGAGAGAAAGAAAGAGGAAAUCAGAGAAAUUGUUGGGUACCUAAUCAAGAAACAGAUUUUUAAAAGAGCAUUUUAUCAAUAUAACGGGAUUAUUGCAUUGGGUCAGUAUGUGACGUUGGGCUUAGCACUACUAGGGAAUUUAGGAGCUAUUCAUUCGAUAUUGAUAAAGAUCGAAGGGAUGGAAAAACCCAGGGGUAAGCCAGUGGGUAAGAUACUGGAAGCACCAGUAGCGGUCCCCGAUCAAAAGGAAGACAUUGGAGACGAGAUUGUGAUGAGUUCGACAAUACCGAAUGAAACUAAAGAAGAGCCUACGAUUGAUGUAUUUUCAAGUUUGUCAACAAUGAAGAAAAAGAAGAAACCUAGGAAGUUGGGUGAAGAUAAUUUGCAAUCUAAUUCAAGUUCAUUGAAGGCGAUUGCAAAGAGUGAAUCAAUUGACGAUAUUUUUGGGCCACCUAAGAAAAAAGUUAAGAAGGAAAAGAAGAAGAAGGCCAAAAAUGAUAUGGAUGAUAUAUUUGGGUAAAUAAUGAUUUUAUGAUUACG